ACAGCUCUUCCAUCUCCCAUGGAGGAUUUCUACUUUCUAGUUUUCUAGCUAGCUCACUGAAAACUUGGGGGGCAAGAGGUGAGUGAGGCUAGAAGCUGGCUACAUGACUAGUAUGGCUGUCUGGGGCCCAGCCCAGCCUAGCCCAACAAGUGGUAUAUAUACCGAGUGGAUCAAUCAUCAGUCAAGAUUCAAGACCUCCCCACUGAAGAAGAUAACAGGCUCUAAUCUGUAAGGCAACGUGGCCCCCGAAGACCUUUCCCUUUAGGCUUUAUAUUUAUUCCAAAGUUUCCAACUGGAAACUGCACCCGACCUGCACUCGAAGCUCCCAAGAAUUGACAAAUGACAACCCUCAAUGCUCCUCCUCUUCUCUCUCCUCCACUAUAUAUCUAUCUAUCUAUCAAUCAGGUUUCUGCCUUAUGGUGAGUGAAGCAGAUAUCAUGUCGAAUAACAUGAAUGCCCAGCCCUUCACGUUGGAGAUCACAGUGCUUUCAGCACAAGGCCUUAAGAGCAUCUCCUCUUUCCUCUUCUCACAACGCCUCCGACCCUUCAUCAUCCUCACCACCGACCUAUCUAAUCCAAGCAAGCCAGAUUACGCUGGUACAGGACGCCAUGUCUACUUUCAGACGAGGGUCGAUCAGGGAGGAGGCAGCAACCCCACUUGGGGCGAUAAGUUCCUACUCCCCAUUGACCCCUCCUUCUUUUCCCGCAAGUACUGCUCCAUCGACUUCCAAAUCUUUACCAAGUGUCCACUCUUGAGAAAGACUCAACUGGGCUGGUGUCAGAUUCCCGGCAGCGAUUUAAUCGAAGGGUUCCGCCCACCGGGCUCCGUCCGGCACCUCAGCUACCGUGUGCGGGAUAGAGACGGAUCAACAGGGGAAGGAUAUGUGAAUGUGGCAGUAAGGUGGGUCGGCCCAGAUUACAGUUCCAUUCCAGCUGUUUGUCUCGAGAAACCUGCACCGAUCAAUGGUCUGAGUCAUGUAACCUACUUCCCAGGUUCGGGUGCGUGUGGGAUGGCCAUUGGCAUUCCGGUGAGUAUGUUCUCCUCGCUUGGGGAGCAUCCACCGACGUUUCAGAGGUCGCAUGCCGGCGGUGACCCCGAUUGCUGUGGAGAAGUUGGAAGGAAAGCGGUGGAGUAGGAAUAGAGGUUGGCCGGUGCAGCAAAGUCAACACCACGCACGGCGUGCUUGGGCGGAAAAGCGGCGCAUGCACGCGAUUUUCUCUUUUCUUUUUGUUUCUCUCUCUUCCUUCCUUCCUGCAACGUAUUUGUCGUCAAGCGUAAUAAAGGCAGCGAUUCCUAAAAUGUAAAUAAUGCAUUUUAAUUUCCAGACUCCAUUGAUUUUGAUUGAAAUGUUUUAA